AUGCUUCUAAAGUAUGGAAGAUUGAAAAAAAUACAUAUCAAGCUAUUAAUAGUUGUGUUUAUCUUAAUACUAUAUGUGCUAGUGUAUUUAAAGUUAUUUAAUAAUGAUAUAUCAGGCUUUAAUCUGCCUCUAAAAUUUGAAAACGAAUUUGAAGCAAUAUUAGGGCCUUAUGAAGCGAAAAUAAUUGAAAAGUUGGGCAAUAAUGGCGAGCCGGCUUAUUUAUGGGGUGAUGAAGCGUUGGAGGGAGAAAAAGCGUUAAAAAAAUUCGCUUUAAAUACAAUUUUAAGUGAUAGAAUGCCCCUAGAUAGGAAACUUAAAGAUCCAAGAAAUACCAAAUGCAAAGACUUUCAGUACGACACCAAACUUAAAGCAACAGUAAUAAUUAUAUUUUACAAUGAAUUAUUAAGUGUAAUAUUAAGAACUAUAUGGAGCGUUAUUUUACAAAGCCCAGAGCAGAAUUUACAGGAGAUAAUUUUAGUGGAUGACUCAAGUACUGAUGAAAAUCUCAAGGGUCUGUUAGACUACUACAUAACCACAAGACUGAAAGACAAAAAAGUAAAAAUAAUACAUUUAAAAAAUAGGUUAGGACUUAUAAGGGCGAGGCUACAGGGUGCUAGACUGGCAACAGGGGACGUAAUGAUAUUUUUGGAUGCCCACUGUGAGGCUACCAAGGGGUGGAUUGAACCGCUUUUGGCCCGAAUUGAGGAGGAAAAAAGUGCAGUUUUGGUGCCUAUAAUAGAUGUUAUUGAAGCUAAUACUCUAGCUUAUUCUACUAAUGGUGACACAACGUACCAGGUGGGAGGUUUCUCUUGGUCCGGUCAUUUUACCUGGAUUAACAUACAGGAUGAAGCAGAUAAAAAAAAAUUAACUCCGGUCAAAUCUCCGACAAUGGCUGGCGGGUUAUUCGCGAUAGAUAGGAAAUUUUUUUGGAACAUCGGUUCCUACGAUGAGCAAAUGGACGGUUGGGGUGGGGAAAAUUUGGAAAUGUCUUUCAGGAUAUGGCAGUGCGGGGGCAGACUGGAGACUGUACCCUGUUCGAGGGUCGGUCAUAUCUUCAGGGAUUUUCAUCCAUACACGUUCCCGAAUAAUAAGGACACCCAUGGUAUUAAUACGGCCAGAUUGGCGCAUGUGUGGAUGGACGAUUACAAGAGGUUUUUCUUCAUGUAUCAACCCGGCCUGGAGAAUAACCCCGUCGUUGGUGAUUUGACCCACAGAAAACAACUUAGAAGUAAGCUAAGAUGCAAGUCGUUCAAAUGGUACCUGGAAAACAUCUAUCCGGAAAAAUUCGUACCAGAUGAGAACGUGUACGCGUAUGGUCAAGUGAAAACGCCCUUCGAGUUGUGCCUCGACGACCUUCAGCUGCCGGAGGACAAAAUCGGGCCUUUAGGCCUCUACAACUGUCACCCUUACACAGCAAUGUCGCAAUUUUUUUCGCUUAGCUCCAAAGGCGAGCUGCGCAAGGAAAAUGUAUGCGCUGAAGUGUUCAGCAGCAAAAUGGUACAACUCACCGAGUGCCACGGCCACAAACGCGAUCAAUACUGGGUGUUCCACAAAAACGGCACCAUAUACCACCCGACGUCGAAAAAAUGCCUGUCGAGCGAAAAUAUCGACAUCGGUAAAGGUGUGGUGGUGGACAAAUGUAAAAACACCGUCUACCAAAAGUGGACGUUCACCAAUAUAAACGCAACAGCGUACAAUUAA